CUUGGGGGCAAGAAAAAGGCACCACGUAAAUAAAUAAGAAGAAAAGUUUGAGGCGGCGCCUUACGCAUAAAAGGAAGGAGGGGCGCGAAUCUGGACGAUGUUUCUGGUUCUGGUUUUUCUUCUACAAAAACAAGUCAAGUAGGUGGUAAGUAAUUAAAGAGGGGUUGCCGUCGCUCCUCGAUAUCAUUAUUUUAGCAUACAAUUGUCCUUCUCUUCUUCUUCUUAACCAACAACAACAUUACGUUGAGAUUCAGAUUGCGUGUCUGGAACCGCAGAAUUAGGAUAGAACCCAAACCAAACCAACCUAUCUUCAAAUUAAAUGACAACGAGUAUAGCUGGUGGAAGCAGCAACCUCCACUACCGGUUAAGUUUCCGCCAGGCUAAAGGUUGUAGACAAGCUUCUUGGAUUUCCAGUUUGACAUUCAAUGGAUGCUUGCGGAAUGAGAUUUCAUGGUCAGAUGGGCUAUCGAAGUUGUUGCAGUUCCAGAGAUGUAAAUUUUCCCGAUCUACCAUUAGCAAAAACUGGAAACCUCUUGGAACAAGAAAAGUAAGUGUAUCAUCUUGCUUGAGAGAUAGUACAGUUAAGUACUUUGAUUUUGCUGUAAUUGGAAGUGGAGUUGCUGGUCUGCGCUAUGCUCUUGAAGUUGCAAAAUAUGGAACUGUUGCAGUCAUUACUAAGGCUGAGCCUCAUGAGAGCAAUACAAACUAUGCCCAAGGUGGUGUUAGUGCAGUGCUGUCCCCAUCAGACUCUGUGGAGAGUCACAUGCAGGAUACUAUGGUAGCAGGUGCUUAUCUAUGUGAUGAGGAGACUGUCAGAGUUGUCUGCACAGAAGGACCUGACAGAAUUAGAGAAUUGAUAGCUAUGGGUGCAAUGUUUGAUCAUGGGGAGGAUGGAAACUUGCACCUAGCAAGGGAAGGGGGUCACUCUCACCAUAGAAUUGUUCAUGCUGCUGAUAUGACCGGAAGGGAGAUUGAGCGAGCUCUGCUGGAGGCGGUUGUCAAUGAUCCUAAUAUCUCUGUGUUUGAGCACCAUUUUGCCAUAGAUUUGCUAACUUCUCAGGAUGGUCCUGACAUGGUUUGUCAUGGUGUGGACACUUUGAACACUGAAACUCAACAGGUGGUUCGAUUUAUUUCAAAGGUGACUUUACUUGCAUCGGGUGGGGCUGGGCAUAUCUACCCAUCCACCACAAAUCCUCCGGUGGCAACAGGAGAUGGAAUGGCUAUGGCUCACCGAGCUCAAGCUGUGAUUUCCAACAUGGAAUUCGUGCAGUUCCACCCAACUGCUUUAGCUGAUGAAGGGCUUCCCAUAAAACCAAUCAAAGCUCGAGAAAACGCAUUUCUCAUCACUGAAGCUGUAAGGGGUGAUGGAGGCAUCCUCUAUAACCUAGACUGGGAAAGAUUCAUGCCCCUGUAUGAUGAGAGAGCUGAGCUAGCUCCUAGGGAUGUAGUGGCGAGGAGCAUAGAUGACCAGCUUAAGAAGCGUUGUGAGAAGUAUGUGCUACUUGAUAUUAGUCACAAGCCUAGAGAGAAGAUUCUCUCUCACUUCCCCAACAUAGCUGCUGAGUGCCUCCAGUAUGGCCUGGAUAUAACCCGCCAACCAAUUCCUGUGGUUCCUGCUGCCCAUUACAUGUGUGGUGGAGUCCGUGCCGGGCUUCAGGGGGAGACAAACGUGCAGGGCCUCUAUGUGGCAGGUGAGGUUGCAUGCACUGGUUUGCACGGAGCAAACCGACUUGCUAGCAAUUCAUUGCUGGAAGCACUAGUUUUUGCUCGAAGAGCUGUUCAGCCAUCAAUCGAUCACAUGAAGAGCUCUAGCCUUGAUCUCAGUGCUUCAAAUUGGUGGGCCAGACCAGUAGUACCCAAUUCACUUGGGAGCAAUGUAAUGGACAACGUAUCGAGGAAGACAAGGGAAGUGAGGAGAGAGUUGCAGUCAAUCAUGUGGAAGUACGUGGGGAUUGUCCGGUCAACAACAAGGCUUGAAACUGCGGAGGGAGAAAUCAGUGAGUUAGAGGCCCAGUGGGAGAAGUACUUAUUCGAGGAAGGAUGGGAGCAGACAAUGGUGGGGCUUGAGGCUUGUGAAAUGAGAAACCUCUUUUGUUGUGCAAAGCUGGUUGUGAGCAGUGCACUCUCUAGGCAUGAAAGCCGCGGGCUGCACUAUACGAUUGAUUUUCCUGAUGUGGAGGAAAGUAAGAGGCUACCAACAGUCAUUCUUCCAUCCCUUGUGAAUAAUACAUGGAGCUCACGACAGCUACACAAGCAGGUCAUUUUUUAGGAUUUACACGAGUAUUCGAUUGAUCGUUCACAUGAAAAUUUGUUUUUGAAAGCCUUUGGCAAGAAAUAAAAUGUGGCUUCUGCAGCAUUUGGGCAGCCUACAACUGUGUGUUCAAUUUGUACAAUAUAUUUGAUCGUUCACUUGAA